CUCCCGCCCUCCCCUCCCCUUUUUCUUGCCCGCGGCUCAUUUAGAAAGCGAACAUGUCGGACGACCCCUUCUUUGCCGUGAAGGACGAUGUCGAGAGGGUCACCCGCCAGGUGCUGGAGCAGCGCGCCCAGUGGAACAAGCUCCUGGGCAUCACCGACCUGGCCAACCCGACGCCACACUUCACGGAUUUGGUGAAUGAGCUGCAGAACAACAUCGAGACCAUUGAGUAUGACCUGCAGGAUCUCGAGGAAACCAUCGUCAUCGUCGAGGCCAAUCCCCACAAGUUCCGCCUUGCCCCGGGCGAGCUGGCCGCGCGCCGGUCGUUUGUGGCCAACACGCGCGCUGUCAUCCAGGAAACCCGUGCCGAGCUGUCCGGCCCGAAAUACCAAUCCAAGUUGGCCGCCGAUAAGCGUAAGGCCCUUACCCAGGCGGCCAAGAGCCCUGGGCUGUUGGCUCGCGAGGCCAACCAGCGCGCCACCAAUGAGCGCGUCCUCGCCGAGGGUGGCCAGGAUCUCCAGCAGAUUGUCAAGACCCAGGACUUGACCCUGGAGAAGAUUUCUUCGACGGUUCAGAACCUGCGCAUUGUGGCCGAGGCCAUCGGCGAGGAGGUGGACCUUCACAACCGUAUGCUUGACGAUCUUGAGGCCGACGUUGAGAACACCACCAACCGCAUCAACCACACAAUGUCCUCAAUGACCAAGGUUUUCAAGGACGCGAAGUCCAAUAAGUCCAUGCUGGUCAUUGCCUGCCUUAUCAUCACCAUCAUCAUUCUUGCUAUCCUUGCGGUUGCUCUCUGAUGUGGCUGUGCGGUUGCCAGACCGUCUGUAUAAAAAAAACCUCUUCACAUUUUCCCCCCCCCCUUUUGCCUUUGCUGCAGCAGCGAAAGCAGCUGGCCCCGUUUUCCCGCCCUCCCGCCCUCCCGCCUUCCCCCUCUUUGGUGUAUUCGUGCGCAUGCACACCUGCCCACACACAUACACACACACGUACAUACAUACAUACAUACAUAC